AUGGGCAAAGAGGUCGACGUGGGUGCCCUCGAGGCCGGCGGCGCCCGGGACUACUCCGACCCUCCACCGGCGCCGCUGGUGGACGUCGAUGAGCUCGGCAAGUGGUCCCUGUACCGCGCGGUGAUCGCGGAAUUCGUGGCCACGCUGCUCUUCCUCUACAUCACGGUGUCCACCGUCAUCGGGUACAAGCACCAGACGGACGCGUCGGCCUCCGGCCCCGACGCGGCGUGCGGCGGGGUGGGUAUCCUCGGCAUCGCGUGGGCGUUCGGGGGCAUGAUCUUCGUCCUCGUCUACUGCACCGCCGGCAUCUCCGGCGGGCACAUCAACCCGGCCGUGACGUUCGGCCUCUUCCUGGCGCGCAGGGUGUCCCUGGUGCGCGCGCUGCUCUACAUGGCCGCGCAGUGCCUCGGCGCCGUCUGCGGCGUCGGGCUCGUCAAGGGGUUCCAGAGCGGGCUCUACGCGCGCCACGGCGGCGGCGCGAACGAGGUCGGCGCCGGAUACUCGGUCGGUACGGGGCUCGCCGCGGAGAUAGUCGGCACCUUCGUGCUCGUCUACACCGUCUUCUCCGCCACUGAUUCCAAGCGCAACGCUCGUGACUCCCACGUCCCGGUGUUGGCGCCUCUGCCGAUCGGGUUCGCGGUGUUCAUGGUGCACCUGGCCACCAUCCCGAUCACCGGGACGGGGAUCAACCCGGCGAGGAGUCUCGGCGCCGCCGUCAUCUACAACGGCGACAAAGCCUGGAGCGAUCAGUGGAUCUUCUGGGUGGGGCCGUUCAUCGGCGCGGCGAUCGCAGCGCUCUACCACCAGACCAUCCUCCGCGCCAGCGCCAGGGGCUAUGGCUCCUUCCGUAGCAACGCCUAG